UGCGCGUGGCUGAGGGAGCUGCUGAGGAGACGCUCGGCCAUGGCGUCUCUCAAAGCCUCUGGCAGGGGCGUCGUCCAAGUUCAUGUCGUUUACUGCGGAGCCUGAGGCUACAAACCCAAGUUUCUGCAGCUCAAGAAGAAAUUGGAAAAUGAAUUUCCCGGCCAGGUGGAGAUUAGCGGCGAGGGGACUCCGCAGGUCACCGGCUGGUUUGAAGUGACAGUAGCUGGGAGGCUGGUGCAUUCCAAGAAGGGGGGUGAUGGGUUCGUGGACUCCGAGAGCAAGUUUGCCAAGAUCCAGAUGGCCAUCAAGGCCACCCUAGCCCCAGGCUACUGAAGGAGCCCCCCGGCCCGGGGGCUAGCGCAGCCCAGGGCCUCGGCCCCACCCCCUCCGCCCAGACGCUUAAUGACGGGAGCGACUGAAAUGUCCCCGGACGCGUGGUCGUUCCCCGAGGCCCCCGCGUUGGCCGGCGGAGGGGUUGGGGCGGAUGCCGUGGAGUUUCGCUUCCCCAUGUAUCCCGUGACUUCGAGCGCAUGGAUCUGCUUCCGGGCCUCCCCACCCGCCCCUAUCCCCUUCCUCCCGAUGGCUCCAGCCCCCACCCCCACCCCGCUGGGUCCUGACCACCCGGAGCGCGUGGCCGGAGGGGUGACAUAAGGGGACCCCGGGGUGCCGUCUUGUUCUGGCUCUUUCCUUGCCAUCCCCCUCCCUUCCUGGUUGAGGAAGAGGAGGGUCAGUGCGGCAGGAACCCCUGCCCCUUCUCCAUCCUUCCCCCCCUUCGCCCCCCGUCCCAGGGCUUGACAUGAAGAGGUGCGGGAGCCGAACCUGCCAGAGGCCUCUUCCCCACCCCAGCUUGCCAACUUGUGGCGGCUGUGCGUAAGCAAAUAAAGAAAUUGAAAGAAAACCCAA